UUGAAAUCGGAAGCUGCGACCGGGGAUAUAAUAAAUUACAGAUGAUUUUAUAAAAUGGAAGGUCUUAUACCCGUAAUAAACAAGCUUCAAGAUGUGUUCAACACCGUUGGGUCAGAGACAAUACAAUUACCACAAAUUGUUGUAAUUGGUAGCCAGAGUGCAGGUAAAAGUUCGGUCCUUGAGAGUUUGGUUGGGCGGGACUUUCUGCCGCGUGGCACAGGAAUUGUUACCAGGAGGCCCCUCAUCCUUCAGCUUAUACAGAUAACAAAAGAUGACACAGAGGCAAGAACUCUGGAUAAUGGAGAAGUUAUCAAGGCAGAGGAAUGGGGAAAAUUCUUUCACACCAAAAACAAAGUCUACACUGACUUUGAUGAGAUUCGAGACGAAGUUGCAAAUGAAACUGACAGAAUGGGAGGAACAAACAAGGGUAUAUGUUUGGAGGCAAUCAGCCUGAAGAUCUACUCCCCUCAUGUGAUUAGCCUUACACUUGUGGACUUGCCGGGAAUGACCAAAGUUGCAGUGGGCGACCAGCCUGAAGAUAUUGAACAACAGAUCCGGGACAUGUGUCUGACCUACAUAGGGAACCCCAACUCAAUAAUCCUAGCAGUGACAGCAGCUAACACUGACAUGGCCACAUCUGACGCCAUCAAACUGUCCAAAGAAGUGGACCCAGAUGGUCGUCGGACACUGGCGGUGGUGACCAAGCUGGACUUGAUGGAUGCAGGGACGGAUGCCAUCGACCUCCUGUGUGGGCGGGUCAUACCAGUCAAACUGGGCAUCAUAGGGGUGGUUAAUCGCAGCCAGGCAGACAUCAAUAAGAGAAAGGAUAUGAGAGAAGCAUUGAAGGAUGAGGCAUCAUUUCUACAGAAACGUUACCCAAGUCUAGCAAACAGAAAUGGCACUGCAUACUUAGCAAAAACACUUAAUAGGUUGCUAAUGCAUCACAUACGAGACUGUUUGCCUGAGUUAAAGACGCGGGUGAACAUACUUAUAGCACAGUUCCAGUCAUUGUUGAACAGUUUCGGUGAACCCAUAGAAGAUAAGAGUCAAUUAUUACUACGGGUCAUCACUAGAUUUGCCUCUGCCUACUGUAGCACAAUCGAGGGGACAUCACGCAAUAUUGAGACUACUGAACUAUGCGGAGGAGCUAGAAUAUGUUACAUAUUUCACGAAACAUUUGGGAGAACGUUAGAAUCUAUAGAUGCAUUAGGUGGAUUAGCUACCAUGGAUAUUCUUACUGCAAUAAGAAAUGCUACAGGUCCUCGGCCGGCACUAUUUGUACCCGACAUCAGUUUCGAGCUGCUUGUGAAGCGACAGAUCAAGCGUUUGGAGGAGCCAAGUUUGCGGUGCGUGGAACUUGUACAUGAAGAGAUGCAGAGGAUAAUACAGCACUGCGGCACACAGCAAGAGAUGUUGAGAUUCCCAAAACUACAUGACAGAAUUCUAGAUGUUGUCACACACAUGUUGCGUAGACGACUGCUUCCAACUAACACUAUGGUGGAGAACCUAGUGGGUGUAGAGCUUGCUUACAUUAACACAAAACACCCGGACUUCCAUGAGGCCCAGAUGAUUCACAGGGCUGUCACCAAUGACCAUGAAGGCGUCAAGCACUUACAGAGAGAGCUGCAACAGAAACAGACACUACAACAUAUAGAGGAGAAAGAAAACAGGGCCCCUUCUCCAGCCCAAGAUGCUAGUUCCUCUGGUGGUAAUAUGAAGAUCGGGAAGAGGAGCCAGACUGAUGGUGAUGGUGCCCAAGGAGAGUCUCUCCCUAGGAGUCUUCCGAGUAGUGCUGUACCUUCACCUGCACACAGCAGGAAAGGCAUCAACCUGCUACCUGAGGUGGCAAAUGGAGCCCAGAGUCGGAAGCUCACGAGGCGGGAGGAAGCUGAGUGUGAACUGAUCAAGAGGUUAAUCAAGUCCUACUUCAUGAUCGUUCGUAAGAACAUUCAGGACACGGUGCCCAAGUCCAUCAUGCACUUCCUGGUAAACUACAUUAAGGACAACCUACAGAGCGAGCUUGUAAGCCAGCUGUACAAGAAGGAAGAGAUUGACGUCCUCCUGGAGGAGUCUGAACACAUCGCAAACAGGCGAAUAGAGGCUCAGGAGAUGGUACAGGCUUUACAGAAGGCAAGCCAUGUGAUAGGGGAAAUCAGAGAGACGCAUUUAUGGUGAUACAUGGAAACAUUGGUAUUAGUGUUGUGUAACCGUGAAACAAGAAUAAGGGUGACAAAUACACAGCUGCAGCAGCACACAGUUGUGGGCCUUGACACAAUGGUGAAACACUCAACAUGCUGGGCACAGAUAAUCUUGCCUGAUUGUGGUUCGGUUAUCUGUUUAGCUGCUAUUUUAGUGCUAACAAAUGUCUUCAAAUUGCAAUACACUAUUAUAUGUAUUUGAAAUGUAUUGUAAAUUAAGUGAUAAUAUGACAUUAAGAUAUUGACAUAUAUUUGAAGAGGAUAUUCAAUGAAAUAUACACAGAAGAAUAUAUGAUUGUAAUGUUUAUUAUUGCAUGACAUUUUGAAAUUGAUAAUUCAAUAUGGAUUUCAAAAAUCAAAUAAGGUUGAUUCAAAUUCAAUGUUUUCAAAUGAUAACUAAUAAUUGCAAUCAGAUAUUUAAUCAAUAACUUCAAUUACUGUAUAAACCUGUCUAGAAGUAUAGCCGAAAAUAUCUGAUAUAAUGAUAAACCUGUUAUUUCUUGCAUGUUAAGUAAUGGAAAUGGGUGAUGGUCGCAGAGUUGAAAAACACCAAAGUAUAAACUUAUACUUCACAUAGUAAACUCAAUGUAAAUAUCAUUCAUGAUGUAUUAUAAUGCAUUUAUGCUAGAUGGAUUUUUAUAGCUGUUCAUAAAAUAUAACUAUUCUUCUCCGUUUCUUUUAAAGUUAAUAUGCAUUAGUUUUGUUGAAUAUUGGAUAAAUGAUAAUACCGGUACAUUAAGAACCCAAUUGACGAAUGAUUAUAUACACGUAAGUUCUUGUCCGUGCAGUGAGCAGCUGGCAUCUUUAUGUGAUGUUUCAGUGUGUCUCAUUAAGAAGUGUUCAAAAUAAUGGAUAUAGCGUGAAUGAUUUGAUGCAUCAGAGGAUAAUUAUACUUCUUUUUUCUUUAAUGAUUGAAAUGGGGAUUUUUGUUAAAGAUAUAAUCUAAUUCAUAAGGCAUUUUCCAUGUUUUUGUCCAGUGAUUAUUCCAGCUUUAUAUUGAUGUGCAGGGUAUUUUUGUGAAAAAAAAUAGUGAUGGGCAGACCAGGGCUAUUUUAUGUAUUUAUAAAAGAGGAGUUCAAUUUCUUGAGUAAUUUAGAAACUUCGCUUGGAAUGUUUUGACACUCUUGAAAAAGAACCAUUUUGAAGUAUACGUAAAAAGAAUAUAGUGGGGUCAUCAGUCAGAUUAGCCGCCAUACCGAGCUUGAGCUUGUCUGAUGAUUCAGCUACAUUAGUCUACUAAACUAGUCUGAAGUUGAAACUUUUCAUACGCAUGAUUUGUGAAUUUAUUUCAACUUGUGUUCCAUAUGGCAAUUUUGGUGAUUUUUUUUACUAUCAUUUGACUGUAUAAAUACAUGAUUGUGUACUUUGUGUACAGAUUUUCAUUGUUACAAAUUUAUAAACUUUUUGUUAGUUACUAAUGGUAGUAAGUGUUUAAAAUUUACUAAUUAUGUGAGUGUGGCCUUCUACAAAUUGGUCUUUUUUUUCUGUUAAGUAAGCCUGAUAAUCUUAUUAAUCGUAUUUAAGGAAAGUUAAUGAAAUAAGGUAACAUUAUAUACCUUUUUGCGACGUUUUUCAGUGAAAUAAGACAGGCCUACGUUUAGAUAUGAAGGUUGAAAAAUAAACACCUAAUAUACAUGGGUGAAAGUUUUCCGUAUUAAUACGGAAUUCCGUAUUUUCGGUCUUCUCAGGGGUCAUUUUUCUAAAUCGUGUAAAUCCGGGGAGUUUUUCGCGGGGUGGAGGGGGUACCCCAAACCCCAUUAUCAGCAUCGCGAUCUACUUAAAAUCGAAAAUAAAACCAAGUUAAAUUUUCUGGUUUCCCAAUUUCGUUCUAUAAAUAGCGUUGCCAUAAGUGAUAAAAUUCUGUCGGCGAUAUCAGCCGAACGUUUCCGAAAAUAGUCGUUUCUUUUCGUAAACAAGAAUUGUCAUUCCAAUCUUCUCCGAAAAACCUCGGCAGUUUCCGCGCCAACAAAAACUUGGAUGGCGGAAAAAGCCGAUUUUCGCCGAAUAUUUAUAGUCAGUAUCCUUUACGACUUUUAUGACAUACCGCAAAUUGGAGGCAAAAAUAAACAAUGAAAUAAAUCGAAAUACUGCUGUCAAAAUUGAACAAUGAAGUUUGUAUCCCCAGGGUAUAAUACUAAAGAGCUUGAACAGCCCAAGGGUGUGAAAUGGUCCGAUUGGUAACUUGAUAAAAAUUCAAUACACAAUUCAAUAUAAAUCUUUAAUUGUAUUCUACUUUUCAUUUUUUAACCUUUAUUGAAUGAGUUAAAUGUAUUCUUGAUUAAUGAGCAAGAAUUGAAGUAUUGAGGGAUGUUUCUGUCAGGGGCCUUAUGUACAUGUAUGUUGACAAAAGCUGCCAGAAAUAUUAUAAAUAUACAACAUAGAUUUGAUUGAUUAAAAGACAGGAAAGGCUUUGAAAUGUGUCAACAGUUUGUACUCUGACCAACUUUCAGCUGUGAUUACGUUAUUGUGCUAUUCUGUCAUCAUUUUGAGCAAGUCUUUAUUAAAAGUUAUAUCUGGUACUUAAUUAAAAUAAACUCUUAACAAAUUUUAUGAUAUUUUCGUAAAAUCAUCCACUAAAAUGUUUCAUCACUUCCUAAUACAAUUAUGUACAUUAUUUUAUUUAAUUGUGUAAAAAAUACAUUUUUAUUUGGUCUUUCAAGUAUUUAAACACAUUUAUUUAAAGGCCUGUUUUUUGGUAAUAGAAUUGAUAGAUUAUGAAUAUUAAUAUUGUUCUAAAAUUUAAAAAAAUGCCCGAUUUUUUUUUGUAUUUAUUAGAAUUAUGUAAAGGUUGUUUUCACUUUAUGUCAUAUUUAACCUAGCUUUUCCUGCAAGUAAUAUCAGAGAUCAUGUUCUCCUUGAGAAAGUGAAUUCAUGUAUUAAUGAUCUAUUGUUUUAUACAACAUGCUUUUUUUCUUUGUACAAAAUGCCUGUACAUUGUAAUUUAUUCCUGAUUGAAACUGAAAAAGUGCUGUUGUUUCUGAUAAAUAUUGUUGUUCAAUUUUAGCAAGUAUUACUUUGCUCACAUGCUGUCAUAAUAUUUCAUCAUUGUCUGUUUGGUAUUGAACAGAAUUUGUAUACAAUCAAAUAAACUUUUCAACUACUGA